CGAGCGCGGCGGGCGCAGCUGCGGCUUUAGCGCCGGCGGGAGCGAGUCGGCCCCGCGCGUUCCUCCUCCUCACCUCCCGCGUCCUCGGACAUGGUGGCCCCCGGCUCUGUGACCAGCCGGCUGGGCUCGGUGUUCCCCUUCCUGCUCGUCCUGGUGGACUUGCAAUACGAAGGCGCUGAGUGUGGAGUAAAUGCAGACGUGGAGAAACAUCUUGAAUUGGGCAAGAAGUUACUCGCAGCCGGACAGCUAGCAGAUGCCCUGUCUCAGUUUCAUGCUGCAGUAGAUGGCGACCCUGAUAACUAUAUUGCUUACUAUCGGAGAGCUACCGUCUUUUUAGCUAUGGGUAAAUCAAAAGCGGCACUUCCUGAUUUAACUAAAGUGAUUGAGUUGAAGAUGGAUUUCACUGCAGCAAGAUUACAGAGAGGUCACUUAUUACUCAAACAAGGAAAACUUGAUGAAGCAGAAGAUGAUUUUAAAAAAGUGCUCAAAUCUAAUCCAAGUGAAAAUGAAGAAAAGGAAGCCCGGUCCCAACUUAAAAAAUCUGAUGAGAUGCAACACUUGCGUUCACAAGCACUGUACGCUUUCGAAAGCGCAGAUUAUAUCACUGCUAUAACCUUCCUUGAUAAGAUAUUGGAGGUUUGUGUUUGGGAUGCAGAGCUACGGGAGCUUCGGGCUGAGUGUUUCAUAAAAGAAGGGGAACCCCGGAAAGCUAUAAGUGAUUUAAAAGCUACGUCCAAGUUGAAGAAUGAUAAUACAGAGGCCUUUUAUAAGAUCAGCACACUGUACUACCAGCUAGGAGACCACGAGCUGUCCCUCAGUGAAGUUCGUGAAUGUCUUAAACUUGACCAGGAUCAUAAAAGAUGUUUUGCACACUACAAACAAGUAAAGAAACUUAACAAGCUGAUUGAGUCAGCUGAAGAGCUCAUCAGAGAUGGCAGAUACGCAGAUGCGACCAGCAAAUAUGAAUCAGUAAUGAAAACAGAGCCAAGUGUUCCUGAAUAUACAAUUCGUUCAAAAGAAAGGAUCUGCCACUGCUUUUCUAAGGACGAGAAGCCAGUUGAAGCUAUUAGAAUAUGCUCUGAAGUCUUACAGCUGGAGCCUGACAACGUGAAUGCGCUCAAAGACCGAGCAGAGGCCUAUUUGGUAGAAGAAAUGUACGACGAAGCUAUUCAGGAUUAUGAAACUGCCCAGGAACACAAUGAAAAUGACCAGCAGAUUCGGGAAGGUCUAGAGAAAGCACAGAGACUACUGAAACAGUCACAGAAGAGAGAUUAUUACAAAAUCUUGGGAGUAAAAAGAAAUGCCAAAAAACAAGAAAUCAUCAAAGCAUACCGAAAAUUAGCAAUGCAGUGGCACCCAGAUAACUUCCAGAAUGAAGAAGAAAAGAAAAAAGCUGAGAAAAAGUUCAUCGACAUAGCAGCUGCUAAAGAAGUCCUCUCUGAUCCAGAAAUGAGGAAAAAGUUUGAUGAUGGAGAAGACCCCCUGGAUGCGGAGAGCCAACAAGGAGGUGGCGGCAACCCUUUCCACAGAAGCUGGAACUCAUGGCAAGGGUUUAAUCCCUUCAGCUCAGGCGGACCAUUUAGGUUUAAAUUCCACUUCAAUUAAACCAACUAUUUUUCUGCUCCUCUUCUUUUUUUUUUUUAAAGAUUAAAAACAAAGAAACCUUGUUCCAGGAUCCCACUGAAAAAAAUUUCAAACCUUUCCGUUGUCCAUAACCAAAGAGUUACAGAUCUGUUCUUAUCCAUUUUACACUUACGGCUGAUGGGUUUCUGUGGGUAGGGAGGCCAGGAACGGUUCCGUCUCUGACAGAGCAGCCUGUGUACCUCUUGUGAACGGCGGGAAGGAGCGGUGUGUGGCAGGCUCACCUGUGGAAGUGCUCGUGUUUUUAUGUUUUUCCACAUCGGAACAUGGAGAGAUCAUUUGUCUUCCACAGCCUUGCACACUAUGUUGCUGGCUACGUGUGUGAAAUAGAGCCCUGGUCCCUGGUCUUCAUGAGAAUGGGUCAUGCUUCAGUGUUCUUAAAGAGAUUAUCUUGAGCUGUGUGUUCUUAGGGGCAACGUUGUUUAGGUCAGUCCAGUCACUUGCAAAUUCUGUUCCAUGACUGAGCCUCUUUUAGCCUGCAUGCGUUCACGUUAGUAGGAUUAAUGUGGCUGUCGUUACAAAAGAGGGAGAGUCCUCUUACCCAACGGUAGCUGAUGUAUUUUCUGCGUUUUUUUUGUCAGUACCCGCAGGAGAGUAAUGAGAACCAGUGCGAUAGAAUACAGUUGUGAAAACCUAUGGGCUUUUUGUAUUAAACACAAAAAAUUAACUGAAAGAUAAUGUCACAUAGUUUCAGAUAAAUAUAGCAGUGGUAUUAUUCAAAAUAACAUUGCUGAAGUGCAGACUGAAAUACUUUCUAAAUAGCAGAAGUUCUGAGUUCUCUUACAGAAUAUCUUAUUACAGGAUUGCACGCGGUCCUCAGAAAUCAACAGAGAAUUCCAGGUUUCCUGCUUCUGGGAGGGAGCUUCUCCCGCCUGCAGGUCCGACUCUCUGCAGCUGCAAUAACUCCCACGCUAACGGGACUUGUUUGCUGCUGGAUGUUAUACAGUAGACAUGCUCCUCUCGCAGGCCUUGAUGCCUCUAUUACGUUCUCCUCUGCCUAGAAAAAAAUACAGGUUUGCAGAUCUAGUCAGCUCUGGCUGAAUUUCCCCUAUCAUUUCAUUUAAUAAAAUGGCAUCUUCUUUUGGGAUACUUUUUCUUACCUUUCAGAAAAUUAACUGUUGAGUCAGUAUACUGGAUAGUUUUUUGCCCUAAACAAUGAGUGUUCUUUAAUCGAGAACAUUGAAUCUUUACGGAACUUAUUGACGCUAGGUUUAAAAUCUAAGAGCAUUAUUGCAGAUAAGAAUCAUUACUCUGGAGAGGUUCUUUGUAUUUGCCUAAGAACAUUUUGAGGCAUUUUAAACAGCAAAGGGUCUAAUUUUUUUUUUUUUCCCCAUGAAAUCAAGCAUUUGAAUUAGUUGUGGCGGCAUCCUGACCACUCCCUACAACAGGCAUGCACAAAUCUUUUUCUUCUACAGUCAUCCUGAAACAUAUGUGAAAAAUAAUUUUUAACUGAAGGAAAGAAAUCAGCUAGUUGAGUGAAAACUUAGCGCUGCAUUUUGAAAACUGGUAAACAACUUGCUGCUUUCAUUUUGUGUUAAUGUUCCAAAAUUCAAGCCAGUGUGGCAAUAAUUCCCAAGGUAAAUUCAUUUUUGUCUAUUCUUUAAUCUUACUGUUUCGCUAGUUAUAUUGCAAUAUCUGGUUCCUUGGUACACGAUGUCGCUGUGACCUCACUGACAUACAGUGAUGACAUCUAUCUUUCAAAAGUAAGCAUUUUCACAAAGAGUCAGAACAAAAAGAACAUCACCUCACUUGCCCUUCCAUUUGGAGGAGAGAACAUAAAGCUGCCAACACAAAGGAGCCAGAGGUUGCUGGGAUGGCUGAGGCCUGGACCGCACUGGAGAGAGAUGUGUACCUUGGGCUCCCUACCAACACACUGCCCCAAGGGUUGUUUUUAUUUUUCCCUCCACUUGUAACAACUACGACUCCUGUUCCUGAAGUCCUACCAUGGAUUGUUAUUAACAUAGUCACCCUAGCUAAAAGUUACAUGGCUGAUUUCAGUGAAGAGAGAAGAGACGCUUUGGUGCCAAGUGCCUGUUCCAUGGAGGGAAAUGAAGUCUCCGGAGUCCAUUUUCUGCUGAUUAAUGAAGAAAACAACAACCUGCAGCUGCCAAGUAACCUCUGUGACUCUUUCAUGAAAAGUUUAAGUCACAGAGGGGUACCCUAUCCCUAGUUUCGUUAUAUUCAAUUCUUAACUCCUCCCUUCCUUUAUGGUAAGCUCCAUACAUGAAGUAUCACUGAUCCGUAUGUGUGGACGGUUUCCACAGCGGGAAGUAUUAAACACACCAGCCUAUAAAUGUUGUGAAAAAAGUCCUAAGAAAGGAGACUCAAUUUAAUCCAUCCUCCAAUUCUGAAAGCUUUUCUUGCCAUGAAAAAUGAAGCUAUGAAAGUACCAUGUACUUUCUUAACCAUGAAUAAAUGAAAACUAAUGUAAUUUAUUUUCCUAAUGUCAGUUGGCUGUGAUAUAGUAGUUUUAAAAACAUCUUUCUCUUUAGUCAGUAUUAAAUAUCAGUAUGAAAAACAAAUUUCCAGACUCAUAACGGUAUCUAAAAACUACUCAUGGUUUUUAAAAAGAAAAAUAUUACCAAUAACCGAGUAGAUACAAAGCUAACAAUUACAAUUUGUGGUUGGCACCAUUUUAUAUUCAUGGCAGGAAAAGAAAACUUUCUGUAAAGGCAUGAAAUUAGUCAAAGGUUACGUCUGUCACCAGGAAGAAAGGUGCCUAAGCUUUAGUUAAAAGUGGCUCGUUAGUCGGGUGUGUGUGAGAGCAGGCUGCCUUGCAGUACAGGGCUCCAGGGGGUUGAUCUUGCAAGAUUUCACUGAGUACGUGUCCGUGGAGUAACCUAGAGAAAUUCAUGCAACUUUGUUGAAUGUCCUUUACUUUUCUAUUUAUAAGGAAGGAGGAUGGCGAAUGCUGAUUUAUCAACAACUAGUAUCUUUAUUCUAAAUCAGAUCAUUCCUUUUUUGUUAGUGGCAGAGUUUAUCCUGUAAUUUUAAUUGAUAUUCAUAAAUGGGAGUAAUUUGGUUUUUUUUUUUUAACAGAUGAUCUCAUUUGCUGAAUGAUUUAAGAAUAAAGUUAGCCACUGCGUGGCUCUGUGUAUAGGAACAGGUUUGUCGCACUUACCUGUGGUUGAACCUCUUACCUGCAGUGGGAAGCAAAGAUCGGAGGAGGUAAAAAUUGGAGAUACUUGACAAGUUAAAAUAUGACACCUAUGGUAAAGCUCUAGUUUGUUUUGAAUGAGACACGAAUAAGUAACUUAAUACACCUCGAUUAGUGUUUUAAUAAAAAAGGAACUUAAAAUAAUUGAAAUGGGUCUCAGACAUGUCUACAAAUAUGGGUACUAUUUUUAUGCCCGUGUAUUUUCACAUUUAAUAAAAAUAUUUAUGGUCGUAUCAGUACUUUUUUGCUUUUGAUUGAUUUUUAGUGUUUGCUUGAAUAUAAUUCUAAGCAAGUCCAUCUUGGGAGAAGUCAGUUUUCCAACUUUGCUUUAUAAUAACCAGUGAAUGAGGUGACGGAAGGGUUCCUUGUUGACACAGGGUGACAAGAAAGGUCAGGUCAGAGAACAAAAAGUAGAUUUGGCUAAAAUCUCUGAACUCCCAGUAGCUAGGACUUUAAGAGGUAGGCAUUUUCAAUACUAUCAAAAUCCAAUACUUAAACUGGCUUUGAAUGAAGAUUUUCCGUUUUAUACUACAAUUUGCACGUUUCUGUUAAGGUACAAAGGUGUGGGGGGCAGGAGGGAACUGCUAAAUAUCUGAAUGAAAUUUCUAACACAAAUGAAAGUAGGUUUCUGUUUUCUAAGUUAUAUGGUCUGUAUAUCCUAAGACUAAAGGAGAGCUGGAAUACGUAAACUUAACGUAAUUGUUUCAGAAAGCUCAUUGUAUUAGUAACUAGUGAUGACAUAACAAAAAAUACCAAAAGUGGGCGGCUUUAAAGAACAGAAAUUUACUUACAGUUCAUGAGUCUAGAAAUCUGAAUUCAGGGCGGGCUCUAGGGGGAGGUCCUCAGCUUCUAGCAGCCAGCAAUCCUUGGGGUUUCAGGGUCUGGAGAUUCACCUGCUGAUUGUCACUCGAUCUAUUCUGCUGUUUUUAGAACUCAGAAGUGGUUAGGGUUAGGACCUACCCUUCUCUGGUAUAAUCACAUGAACAAAAAAAGAAAAACCCUACUUCCAAACAGGCUCAAGGUCUUAGGACUUCCUAUUUUGAGGGGACAGAAUUCAUCCCACAACACUUCACCCUUUGGACCCCCCAAAAUUCAUGUCUUUUUCCACAUGCAAAACACAUUAACCAUAUCACAUCAUCCCUGGAAGUCUGAACCCAUUCCAGCAUUAAUUCCAAAAUCUCAUCUGACUCAUCUAAGUCAAGUAUGGAUGAGACUCGGUAUGGGUCAUCCUGGGGCAAAACUCCUUUCCUUCUGUGGACGUGUGAAUCCUCGGAUAUAACUUACCUGAUCCCAAAGUACAAUGGUGAACCAGGCAUAAAGUAGCCAUUCCCAUUCCAAAUGGGAGAAAAGGGAGGAAAAGGAGGGGUCACAGGUACCAAGCAAGUCCAAAACCCAAUCUCAUUAGCUCUCAAGGCUUGAAAACAGUCCUUUGUUUUCCAGACACAUCUGGGCAGUAAGCCCCUUGGCAUCGUCUCCAGGCCCACUGGGACCACUGACACACCCCCACCCUGCCCCUGACUUCGAGUGGCUCCAUUCUCUUAGUCCACUAGGAGUGGUGACACCCUAAGCCCACCCCGGGCCCUGGAAAGGUCUGUUCUCCUGGCCCACCACCACCACAGCCUUGUCCCCUCAAUUUUGGGCAGCAGCCCCAUUUUCUUGGUAUGCCAGAAUGGCAGACCCACCCUCCAGAAGCAAGGUGGUGGUAAGCCUGCUGUUUGAAACUUAGCCAGUAGCCCUACCCUUUGAAAUCAAGGAAGCAGCAGCCCUGCCCUCUGUGUUCUGACAGUUUUAGUGAUCUCUGAACUGUUCCUGGAAUGGUCCUUUUCUUGGAAGGUCAACAGCUGUUCAUAACCAAGUAGAUCUACUGGCCCAUUUCCUUCCUGUAGAAUUCCAGACAGCUUUCCUUCAGUCUAAGAUGACAGGAUUUCUGCUUCAAAAUCUCCUCAUCCAAAUAUCCAAGUACAUCACAGAGAAGCCCGACCUUCCAUAAAACAUUCGAACGUAAUUUAGACAAGUCCUUUGUCAGUGCAUAAAAAGGAUCACCUUUUCUCCAGUGUCCAAUAACAUGUUAUUUCCUUUUGAAGCCUCACAAGAAGCACGUUUAAUGUCCACAAUUCUAGCAACAUUCCGUUCAUGAAAAUAGCUUUUUCCACAAUUCUCAAUUCUUUCUGAGCAGUCUUUGCAAUUGCCCUUAAUUCAUGUCCAUAAUUCUACAGUUUCUUCAAGGCAAUCUGGGUUCUUACUAUCCAAUAUACCCACUUCUCACUUAUCGACUGUCUCAUCUGACUUUUCGCAUUAACAACAGUAGCAAAGUCUGACUAUUUUGCAUAUUAAUGACAUAGCAUCUGGCAUUAAUGAGGUGCUUCCCUGUGGCCCUUUGUAUCCUGCUGUGUACCCUACCCCUCUAGUAACUAUGGGUAUAAUAAACUUGCUUCUCAUGGUCUCCCUGACAUCCUUCCCAUGUUGCCCCUCAUUUGCCAUCCUGCACUCAGAUUUCCCACUGGCGAAGGCAUCUCCAUUGGUGCGAGCAGUCAUUGACUAAAACUGUUGUCUGACAGCUCAAGUUUGCCAAUUCCCUGCCUCAGAGUUGCCAGGAGACAGAAUUCUGCCUAGUGACAGAUGGCUUUCACUUGCCAUUGGCCACAGUGCCUGAAGCCUGCUUCCCAAUUUGGUCCGGAAGAUUUGAGCUCCAUCUCCACAGCUGACGAUCAUGGCUGUUCCUGCGGCCACUGCUUUGGCAGAGGUCUGCAGGAAUGGGGAGUCAGGGUUGGUGUAGAGGGUGGAGGGUGUCCCAUGGGAGUGGCUGGGCAUGCCCAGCGUCAGCUGGUUCUGUAGUACUGAGGGAAGAGUCCUUCCUUGGAGUGAACUUUGGAAAAGCAGGUGGUCACGGCAGGGGCUCCUGUCAGGUGGGGUCCCUUGGAAGCGUGGUGAGGGGUGGUGGGACCAAGGUGCAUCUGUUGAGUGGGUUUCCAUGAGGACAGGUUAGGUUUGGGGCUCGGAACCUGCAUUUUAAACCUCAGGGUAACAUCUGGGGCUGUGAGGCCAGGAGUCUCCGUGAUAUUCUGAUGUCCUCUCUGGGCUCUGGGUACUAAUGGAAGUUCUACAGCCCCAGGCCAGUACGAAUCUCUCAGAGUCUCUGUGGCAGAAUCGUGGGCUAAGGGGUUGGUGCCAGUGUGCGUGCCCACCUACCCUGGCCCAGAGGGUGCCCCAUGAAAUUGGUGGCGAGCAGGCAGUUGGGGCAAGGGAAUACAAGGAAGGUGGGGUCCUUGGGAAUGCACCAGGGCUCCAGACAGACUUAAAGCUACAGUGGUUGUUGUCAGGAUAUACCUCUCAGAUGGCACUUUCAACUUUACCUGGCUGGGGUGCAAGGCAAUAGUAAUGCUGGCUGUGAUAGUUAAGGUUAUGUGUCAACUUGGCUGGGCCAUGAUUCUCAGUGGUUUGGCAAUUGUGUAAUAAUGCAGUCAUCCUCCAUUUUUGCCUAACGACACGGUCUUUGGAACUGUAUUGGUGAGGAGUGGGUGUACGUCAAAAUUCCUCUACUAAUCACCCAGUCCCAAGACCACCCACACAUUUCAGGUAUUUGUUACAGCAGCACCCCCACUCUUUAGUACCGAAAUCUGUCUUAGGUAACUAGUGCUGCUCUGAUAAAAACACCACAAGUGGGUGGCUUUGAAGAACAGAAACUUAUUUACUCACAGUUUAGAAGGCUGGAAGUCUGAAUCCUGGGUGUGACUCUAGAGGGGAAGUCCUUGUUUAUGUCAACUUCUAGUUGCUGCCGGCAAUCCUUGGUGUUCCUGGCUUGUAGAUACAUCUUCCGUGUGUGUCUGUCUUCAUGUAGUGUCCUCUCCCUGUGUCUCUGCCUAUUUUGCUUUUUUAUAACUCACAAGUAAUUAGGUUUAGGACCCACCCGACUCUGGUAUAAUCUCAUUAACAACAAAAGAAAAACCUGAUUUCCAAAUAGGAUCAUAUCCAUCGGUGUGGGAGCCAGGACUUCAAAACAUAUUCAAUUCAUGACACUCAAAGCUUACAAAUUCUCACUUAUCCUCAUGAUAUCUUUGUAAUAUAUGAGCAGUUAACCUUAGUCUGAAGAUAAUGAAAACAUGUGCAGUGGAUGAGAAAGCUGCCAGGAGAACAGAGAGGAAGGGAAGAUCCAGAUUCUCACCCCAGAACCUAAGGAGUUAUAACUUAGCAAGCACUAAUCUCCUCUCCCUCACUACCUACCUCCCCAUGCCCAAAUCAAUGCUUAAUGGUCUUUAAGACAGAAAUCCAAUUAUUUUCAUUUUAGGAUUUACAGUUCACAAUGCAGAGACUCUGAACUUUGCACCUUUUAUUUACUGAGCCAAUCCUUCCUUGGGAAUAACUGAUAAAUAGAAGCACAAUAUACAAAUUUAUUUGGUUUUGUCUUAUACUACUAUUCAGAAUUCAGUCCCUAACAAGAAAACAUGCUGGAAACAACCCUUAAGUUGCAGAGUCUGUUGUUUUGACUACACUUCCAACCUUCACUCAGGUCUGUUUUUCCUGAUCUAAGGCAGAGGUCUAUCUACGGGGAUAAGCGUUGCCUCUAUAUUGCUAGGGACCUCAGGAAUAUACUAGUUCCAUCAGGUUAGGCCAUACCGGGAGCACUGCAUUUUACGACAGACAAGUGUGAACAGCUAACAGGGAGGGUGACCCAGAGAGGCACAGGAUUUUGUGACCUCUUAUUAGGAGUGACAAAGCUGCUCGGGACAGAGCAGUUAUUUUCAUAAACUCUGGGCUGUGCUGUUGAAUAGAGAAGGAUUAGACUUGUUCUCAAGAGCUCAAAAGAGCAGUAAGUGGAGACUGCUGAUAGACGGUUUCUGGCUCACUAUGAAACUUCGUGUUCAGAGUUGUCCAAAGAUGGACUGGUCUGUCUCUAGAGGCAGUGAGUUCCAUAUUACCCUGGAGGUUUCAAUCAUGGUCUGAGGCAUCACCUGACAGGGCACUGCUGGGGAGGAGGGAGUUGGCCCACUGGCUGUGGGCUAAACUCUAUUUAAUGUUCCCCUAAAACCUCACCUAUCAAUAGAAUCACCCAGAGAGCUUUUCAUAAGAUCAUGAUUUCCCAAGCUCACCUCAGACUUAUUGAAUAGGACUCUUCAGGAAUGAGAUCCAAAUACCACUGAGGUCUUUUCUGGUCCCAAUAUUGUCUGAUUCUAGACUCCCUGGACAGGAUUUGAACGUUUACUAGUCAUCCUAUUAAUCUAUUAUCAGUCUGUCUUGGAAGAAGUACAGCCAAAAUGCUCCUUAGAAGUGAGGAUGGCAAAAUUUCAUCUCAUGUACUCUGGAUAUACUAUCAGAAGGGACCAGUCCCUGGAGGAGAACAUCAUGCUUUGUAAAACAGAGGGCCAGUGAAAAAGAGGAAGACCCUUAACAAGAUGGACUGACAGACACAGUGGCUGCAACAAUGGGCUCAAACACAGCAGCGAUUUUGAGGAUGGCACAGGAUCGUAUAGUGUUUCAUUCUGUUGUACAAAUAGGGUCACUAUGAGUCAGAGCCAACUCAAACGGACCGAACAACAUUAAUCUAUUAUUAAUACACAAGAAGAAAACAAAUUGUUUACAUUUUUAACUUAGUUUCCAUAAAAGUAUCUAGUAGUAAUCAACACUUGCAUGUUGUUUUAAGAAUACACACAUACACUCUAUCCCCAUGAAUAUAAUUUUAUGAAAUAAAAUUAGAAAUAUUAUAAAACAUAUAAUACAAAUCAGCAUUGAAACAUCAUAUGGUUUAAGAUAACUAAAUGAUUACAGUACAACACUACUUCCAUUUUAAAACAAUAGUUAAGGUAAAAAUGGGCUUAAUUUUUUUUUUAUGAGAGAUAAUCACGAGUCCUUUUUUUUCUAAGAAAAAUAGAAAACAGGCUUCUUAGACUUUAAAUGCAUUUUUUGAAACACAGAGAUGCACAUAAAGCUGAAGCACACAGGGAUGCUGAUGGUCUGCUGAGAACACAUGAGGGCCAGCUAGUCAGGUAUGCUGUUCUGCUGGGUUACCUGACAAAACAGGAUAACCGGUAGAAACAGUGUUUUCUGCUAUAAGGAAACAGGAAGAGUUUACUUUUAAAUACCCAGUGGUCAUUUCUGAACAUAGCUGGAAGUUAUUCAGUACAUUAAGUACAUUUAUUUUAAAUAAUUUUUUUUUAUAUAUUGAAGAAAUGUAUCGUUGAUUUUAGGGAAAUUUCCCGAGUCUUAGCAGUAGUUCCAUGCUUUCCCAGCAGGUGGCAGACUUCUUGCACACUCUCAUCUCCUCAUGCAAACCAGUGCUAGAGUUCAUCGUGGGUCAAAACUGUAGGGGAGCAAAGUUUUUAGUUCAUGAAAUUUUAAAUAUAAAAAUAGCUUAAACUUCACUACGGUAUAUGACUUAGAAAGCACAGAUGGUGACUGAGGACCUUUUCUUGGUUGGUUAAGCACCUGCUUGCUUCACUAUGCAGUUUGAGAACAGCUCUUUGCACAUUGUGGAAUCUAUCGAUUGGAAUCGACUCGAUGGCAGCGGGUUUGGUUUUUUGGUUUUGGUAUCGUACUACAUCAUAACUGCUUUAGCCCACCUAGGUGGUGAACACCCAUGAGUCUCUGAGGACAAGAGCCAUGCCUGACUUAUCUUUGUUACCUCUAGGAUCUAGCACCCUGCCUCGCACCUGGGGAUCUUGAAUGUUGCGUGCCACACAUACCAAGCAAAAACACUACUAGAUCAUUUGCGAUGCACAAAGUAUCCUGGCCCCAAUGCAAUGGAGAAACGAACAGCAGAAGACAUGUAUGGUUCUAACAGCAGAGGAGAGAUCAUUCAAACAUAGGCACAAGUACUACAUAAAUGAAGAAAACUGACAGCCUGUUGCUUUUUCUAAGAUGAAAAGUAGAAGACUAUUCUUGAAAGUGAACCAUCUGUUUAACAGGGAGACAGAGAUUCUUGUAAGAGUGUCAGUGCUCUUGAAUAAAGCUGUCUCAUAUUGGCUUUUGGCCAGGGAUGGGGUGUGGCUGAGUUCUGUUCUGUUCCCUGCCCAUGCACCCUAGAGUGAAGCCUGCCAAUUGUGCAAAUUAACACAGACAGACAAGGAUCUCCAACUAUCUGGGGAAAAUGCUGACAGCUAAAAAAAAAAAAGGACCACAACGCACACGCAAAACAA